AUGGACCAGUACCCUUUUGGCGACGAGAACGCAGUUCAUUUGGAGAUGCAUCUCCUCGGAUUUUCCGAAAGCCAGGGGUUGGUCUGUAGCGAGGCGCUCACCCACGAUUUGUACCUAAACACGAAAGACGUGAUGUACGCGGGGCUGAGCGGCUUGGACGUGGUGCCUGGCCUUCCAGCUGCGGAUGCGGGCAGCGACGCGCUGGAGGCCGAUUUAAACGCGCUCUCUCUGUACCCGGCGAAGGACUGCGACUCUGUUCAGCUCCUUGAUGAGUCUGACUCGCGGCCCUCGCAGCACGAGCCGGCGCUUCCCACGCCGACGGGACCGGAGGAGGCUGGAGGAGGAGGAGGAGGAGGCGGAUCUGCGGGGAGAGGAAGGCUUCCCCUCGGCUCUCCUCGGACCUCGCUGCCGGGCUGCAGCCGCUGCGGGAAGGUGUUCGGCAGCGCCAGCGCUCUCAGCAAACACUGCCUGACUCACAGCCAGAAGCGGGAGCACGUCUGUGCCAUCUGCAGCAAGGCCUUUAAACGGCCGGACCACCUGAGCGGGCACAUGUUGACGCAUCAGAAAAUAAAACCUUUCGUGUGCCCGGAACGAGACUGCGACAAGAGUUACUGCGAUCACCGUUCCCUGCGCCGGCAUUACGAACUGCAGCACCGCUUGUGCGGCUUGAAGGAGGCUCCUAAGGAAGGUGCCAGGGAGGAAUCCCCGCUUCUUCCCGGUCCGUAUAUCCAAGGCAGCGGGAAAUCGGUGGACAGACUGGCUGCGUGCUCCGAGUCGGGCUCUUUCUCGCCCAAAAGAGACCUGCCGAGGUGCGUCGCGAACAGCUUUGCACACCAGAAGCUUCCCUUGGCUGCCUUGCCCUCCGCAGAGCACGCCGGCGCUGCCUUGACGGAUUCCUCCCCAGCAAGCCGGGCCUCUUGCCUCGCAUCUAACCGCAGCGGGCUUUCGGAGGCUGCAGGAGACGAUAUAUCGAAGGAUCGCCUCUCUUGCCGAACGAAGCGGCACGCUGUGAUGAAUCCCGGCAGCGUGUCUGCGAUUGCGCCGGGUGAGAGCGUAGUUACCAAUCUGGCCGCCCCGUACGAGUGUCCGGACGCUUUGUCUUUCCCCGUUGCACCUUUUAAAGCCGAAGAGGACGCGCCGAGCGAGUUGCCCCUCGGUUGUUUUGAGGAAGCCUUUCCGUCGGCGAACACCCACGACUCCCACCCGGAGAGGCUGACGUUCGGCCUGAGCUGCGCGGCUCCCCCGAGCCAGGUGGCCAUGGCCUCCUUCUCCUCGGCUCCUGCGGCCGGGGGGACGCGCAGGCUGACCAUUUUCAACAGGAUUCAAAAUAACAUCUGCUUUCGAUUAUUGUUUCUUUAACUGCAGGGUGGAAAUAUCUACAGCCUUACUAACGCGGCAAAGGAGGAAAACUUGUCGGCGGGGCGCCAUAAGACCGGUGCUGCUCCUGCUGAUGGCAGCAACUGCGAAAGCGGCUUUUUCCGCAAGAGCUGCGGUCAGCCGUUUUAUACCGAGAACGGUCUGGAGAGCCACGGGUGUUUUCGUGGUGAACAAUGGCAUUCAGCACAAAGGAAGGAGGAACAGCAGGUGUGCGAUGCGGGAGACGUAAACGCUCAGAAACUGUCGCUCGAGGCAGCCGGAGGCGGAAACUGUCCCUCAAAACCCGAGAUGCCUUCGGAGGACGUAACAGUGGCUCCUCUGGUGAUUCCUGUCUCGGUACCUGUGACCGCUACGGACUCGCGAGCGGGGAACGAGGUUACUGAAAAGGAAAACCUGGAUGGGAAGGACCUCAAAGAAAGCUUGCACCAGAAAAAGCGGAAGAGGCAAAAGCGGCCAAAAUCCCUUUUUAUCCCACCUCCGCCGGCCCCUGAAGCCCAGCCGGGGAUGGGAGGAUGUUACCAGAGUAACCUUCGUUCGCCCGUCUUCCUGGUGGAUCAUCUGCUGAGAGACUUGUUCCAGUGCUCUCCUUACACGCCGCCUCCGAUGCUCAGCCCCGUACGGGAAGGAUCGGGCCUCUAUUUCAGCACUCUCUGCUCUUCCCCUGCUAACGCUGAUCCCAACCAGCUGCUCAGUGCUGUAUUAGGCAGAAUGGACAGGGACUUUGGAUUUUGUCUGAUGAAGGAUAACACCAAAAUCAGCAUUCAGCCACGCAUCAACGUUGGGCGUCGGUUUCAGGCAGAGAUACCAAACCUCCGGGAUAGAUCGCAAGCGGAAAAGGAUGAAGAGGGAGCAUCGUUGGUGUGGAAGCCCUGGGGAGAUAUCGCAACUAACCAGGAAACGCAAGACAAAGUAACGGAACUGCUCAACAUGGCCUGCUCCAGCGCCAUGCCGGGGGGAGGAACCAACCUCGAGCUCGCCUUGCAUUGCCUGCAUGAAGCACAAGGCAACGUUCUGGAGGCUCUGGAGAUGAUGCUUUUUGGGGCACCUCACAGAUCUGAAUCCCAUCCUCUGGCUAAUUACCACUACGCAGGUUCAGAUACUUGGACGCCUCUCGAGAAGCAGUUGUUUAAAAAGGCUUUUCGUGUUCACAAGAAGGAUUUUUACCUGAUACAGAAGCAGAUUCAGACUAAGACUGUAUCCCAGUGUGUUGAAUAUUACUAUACCUGGGGAAAAAAAAAUAGAAUUGGCUGCAGUCAAGCUCAAGUAACAGAAAAAAAGGUCAAGAGAAACAAGAAUGAGGUGGAGGAGACUGGAGAAAAGGCUGUUUGCAGCCCCAAGAAGAGACGCCGUUUUCUGCCUAAGGAAAGCGCGAAGAUAAAGCAGAAGGGUUCUAAAAAGACGGCCCGCAGCGCAGGCGGUCCGUCCUGCAGUCUGAGCGGGCCUUCGUGCCAGGCUGGAAGCGCGGGUGAUCGGGCCGUAUUUCCGUGCACGGAGUGUGAAAGGGUGUUUGACAAGAUAAAAGGUAGGAACGCUCACAUGAAAAGCCAUCGCCUGCAGGAGCAGAGAGAGCCUCCCAUGAAGAUUAAAUGGCCCUCGAAGCGUUUUAAAGAUGAGGCAAAGAUGGAAGAAGUCCAGAUGCUGGCCUCCUCCGAGGGUGACUGCGAAACUGUGAUUUCGGAGUCGCAAUGA